AAGAAGAACACGGUGAAAAAAGAUGUCGAGCGGAGGAGGAUACGGAGACCCGUCGCAGAAGAUCGACUACGUCUUCAAGCUAGUCCUAAUCGGCGACUCCGGCGUCGGAAAAUCUCAGAUACUCUCUCGUUACGCCAGAAACGAGUUCAGCUUAGACUCCAAAGCCACCAUCGGCGUCGAGUUCCAAACUCGAACUCUCGUGAUGGACCAUAAGAGCGUCAAGGCCCAGAUCUGGGACACCGCUGGCCAAGAACGGUAUAGAGCGGUGACGAGUGCUUACUAUAGAGGAGCGGUUGGGGCGAUGCUUGUUUACGAUGUGACACGUAGACAGACGUUUGAUCAUAUCCCACGGUGGUUAGAGGAGUUGAGAGGACACGCGGAUAAGAAUAUUGUGAUAAUACUUGUGGGGAAUAAGUGUGAUCUUGAGGAUCAACGUGCGAUCUCGACGGAAGAUGCUAAGGAGUUUGCGGAGACGGAAGGGCUGUUUUUUCUUGAGACUUCGGCUUUGAACGCGGUCAACGUGGAGAGUGCUUUCUCUACUGUUUUGACUGAGAUUUUUAAUUUUGUGAACAAGAAGAGUCUUGUUGCUGGUGAAGGUAAUGGUGGUGAUUCGGCUUCGCUUGCUGGUAAGAAGAUUGAUAUUGUUCCUGGUCCUGCUCAGGUUAUUCCAACGAAGAGUGGCAUGUGUUGUAACUCGUAGAGAACCGAUUCAAUUUGUCUGUGUUUACUUUGUAAUUUGUAUCAUCACUUCUCAAAUGUUACAUCAAGGGCGGCCUUUUUGUUCGGGCUAUUAUUAGAAGUGUUUAAUUGAGUUUUGAGUUGUGAUUUGCUUCGAGUUAUUUAAAUGUUUGUAUCAUCACUUCACAAUGUUACAUCAACGGCCAUUUUGUUCGACGUUUCUAUGGUUAUGAGUUUG